AUGGAGGUUAUGGAGUUUAGGAUGGAAAGCAAAACUUGUCUCAUUCGACUCUUGGAGAAGAUGUUGGAAAAGUGUCCAGCGUCUUAUUCCCUUCGGCAUUUGUCGUGUCUAAAUCCAGUCAAGAUGGCCUCAAACAAGGAAGCUUGUUCAGCAAAAUUCAAGAGAGUCUUGAUAUUGCUAGUUAAUGCUGAAAGUGUUAAAGAGGAUGAAUGUAACACUCUCCUGCAACAGUUUGCUGUUCUUCAACAGAAUUCCAGUUUUCGGGAAUCACUCCCAGGUAUAUCUGGAAUUGUUCUUGCGCAAGUAGAUGAGAAGCAUGUAGCUAAGAAGGAUGGACAGGAAGUAGACAAAAGACAAAUUGACAUUGAAGACGAGGAGAAGGAAGAAGAAGAAGAGAGAAAGAGGGAACAUAGAGAUGAAGAGAAGGAACAUGGUAAGCUUGAAAGGAAAAGGAAAAAGAAGGACAGGAGAACGACUGAAAAAAAGGAAAAGGAGGACAAUUGUGAAUAA